CAAGAGUUGAAACCAAGGACCCGAGGAGCGCUUAUCAACUUGUUGAUUCCCGUAAUGGCAGGAAUUUUAUUUUGUGAUGCAACAGAGCUCUACAACAUACUGAAUCAAAGCACGAAGUUCUCCAGGCUGACAGAUCCGAUUUAUCUCUAUUUAGCCGAUGUACGGACCAAAUAUCAAUAUGAUGAAAGUCAUGUGAUAACAGCCAAGAGAGCAAAAAGGGACAUGGAAGGAAAUUAUUUGAUGCCAGAGGAUGUGGAACUUGAGUGUGUAAGGUAUUGUGUUGUUUAUGAUGGGCACACAAACUCAUCGAAUACAGAAGGUCCUGCAAUCCAAUAUGCAAAGCUAGUAGAAGUUGUUAGCCAACAGCCAAUCAGAAUCCUGAAUGGUGGAUAUGAGUAUUUUUCUGCUUGUUAUCCGUUCUUUAGGACACAGAAAAUAUUUUACAUGCCACAGUUCUCUUGCCCACAGGAGCUGGAUGCCUUUGAACCAUAUCCAGUUGAAAUUUUGCCAGCCAAACUUUACAUGAGUGACUACAAACAAUCCUGUAACGCACAAAUUCGGAAAGAUUUGAAGAUCAAGGCAUAUGUCAACCUCUGUCAUGAUAAAGAGAUAUUCUUUGCAGAAGAUCAAAAUAUUACAGUUUUACACAUUUCUUCUUCCGAUACAACUGAUUUCUUCAUCCACUUUCCAUUGAUUUGUAACUUUCUUGAUGAACACUUGGAUAAAGGUGCUGUUUGCAUCGUCUCCACUCUGGGUAUAAGCCGAUGUUGUAUUACAGUGAUGGCCUACCUCAUUCAUUCUCAGAAACUUCCACUAAAGGUCGUCUGGGCGCAUGUACAUAAAUGCAAAGGAACCAUUCGCCCACGUCGUGAUUUUGUACAUCAGCUUUCUAAGUGGGAGGAACUUGUCCUAAAGCAAAAGAUCACAGAUGUCUCUGACCCUUAUUACUGAACUGCUAUGUAAUAACUGUCAACGCAAACAUUCUCCACCGUCAAAACAAGAUUUGGAAAUGUUUCUGUUUUUUAAGAGAUUAAAUGAUUUGAUAGCUGGAAAGAUACCUAUUUAUAAUAAAACUAUAAAUGAUCUAAAUUAUUUCUAAUUAUAAUGAUAUUUAUAUAAAUAAAUCAAUGCAUCUUGAAUUAUAAUUUACAUAUUUAAUGUUAUAGUUUAAAUAGUUAUAGCUUAACUAUAUUAUAUUUCAAAUGUUAUAUGUUAUAUAUUCAAUGUCAGCAGAACAUGUUAUACUGCAAUGGGGCUGGUGGAUCUGUACAGAGUUAAUCAAUAUGCAAGAUUUAAUUUGACCUCCGCUAGAUCAAUGUCCUUUCAUCAAAAAUAGUCUAAGCUGUUAGAAUGAAUAAGUUAUCAAAAAUACAAGGUUUGUCUACUUUUUUCUGGUGCCUUUACCAGCUUUACUCCAAUGGAUUUUUACACAAGGUUGAUUUAUUUACACUUCUUAUUAUGAAGUAUGCCUCAGUCCAGGAAGUACAGGUACUCUCCAUCGCCUACUCACCCUCUUGAUCCCUCUGUAUAUUUUGUCAGUAUGAUUCAUUGAGCAUGUUUGCCUUCACUGUUACAAAUUUGAUUCAUAUCCUAAAAUGUGUGCAUGAAUUAUGUACUCAGAAUCACAGUAAGGUCAUAUCUGCAAUGCAUCAAGUCCUCUUCAGGCAUCGGAUGGACCAUACCAGAUAUUGAUUGAAUGCUUUUAUGUACAUUAGUUAACAAAGGCUUAUUGAUGGUGCUCUGCGGGAUGUAUCUUCAGCAGUUCCCUGUCUUGGUUGAAAGCUCAUACCAUUGUGUUCAGCUCAGUGUGAUAUCCUUGGUCUUUUCUUGCUUAUGUCCUUAAAUGCAUUGUAUGGAGCCAAUGGUGCAACUCACUAAUAUAGUAUUUUUAGAAGAAGCACAAUGAUACCUUCUAAAAAUCUCAUGACCACCCAUGGAUAUGAUGAUAUAGAGUAUUUAUUGAUUGAUAUUCCUCAAUACUUUAUAUUCCUUCACCUUAAUAUUUACUUUAUGUUGACAAAGGUUUUGCUCAACCAGCAUUUCAAAUAAGUUGCAAGAAAUAGAUUUCUGUAGGACGUUUUACCCUGAAUGCACAUAUAUGUUGCCGACUAAGGUGUGUUAGCAACAUCAAGAUAAACGAUUGCUUCUCAAUGAUCAAUUCUGUACCCAUUUCCACAUUCACUUCCUUCUUCUGCCCCUCUGACUACAACCCAUCAAUGCAAAUAUCUUUCCUGGUUGCUGUCCAAUUUGUAUGGAUUCCAUCCCCUUAUUCCCAUACUGCUUCCACUGGAUAUUCUUGAGGCUGUUAGGAGACAGCUUUAAUUAAUUUGUUUAUUUUUUUUUUGCAUUCACACAUUUUAUUGCACUAGGUACAAUGUCUAUUUGGGGUAUGUUCUUUACUUUGUCACCAAACAAUUGAUACUAGAGCGUACAAUCAUCACAGCAAUAUUUGAUUCUGCGCUUCGUGCUCCCUGAAGUACAAAUCCAAGUAAAUAUAAUAAAAAUUUUAAAUUACAGAUCAUAAUUAGAGAAUAGAAAAGGGAAAGUAAGAUAGUGCAAGUUAGGUCCGGAUAUUUGAAAGGUACGGCCUAGGUCCGGGUCAGGAUCUGUUCAGCAGUCUUAUCACAGUUGGAAGGAAGCUGUUCCCAAAUCUGGCCGUACGAAUCUUCAAGCUCCUGAACCUUCUCCCAGAGGGAAGAGGUUGCCUAUUUAUUAGUAGCAGAAAGGAUGUGUGAUUAAUUUGCUAUCUACACUGGCAUUGGAUUCUUGCCAGUGAACAUAAAACACUGCCAAUAAAUGCCUUUUGUGCAUCAUAUAUCACUUGCUAUAUCUGCUAGCACCCAGAAUGCACACACGCCUGUUCUCACUUUGUCCUGUCUUGUAAUAUACUGCAUUCAGACUUUAGUCUGACAUAGCGACCUGAAGAUAAAAGUCCCCUGAACAUGGAAGUACAAGUGAACAAUCCAUUGAAAACAGUGUCACAGGUAGACAAAGUGAUGAAAAAGACAGUUAGCAUGCUGGUUUUCAUCAGACAGGACACUUAAGUUUAGAAGAAAAGACAUUAUGUUUCAGUUGUACAAGACUAGUGAGGCCACUCGUGUAUAGUUUUGGUCACCUUGUUAAAGGGAAGAUAUAAUUAAACUGGAAAGAGUACAGAGAAGAUUUAUGGGGAUGUGGCCAAGAGUUAUAGGAGAGGUUGGCCAGGAUAGGUUUUAUUAGAUUUGUAGAGUAAUAAAGCACGGAAACAGGCUCUUCAGAUGAACUGUUCUACGCAAACACAGCAUCUCCAUAUUAGUUUCAGUUGCCCAUGUUUGCCCCAUAAACCUCCGUGCCCUUACCUUCAAUGUACAAGCCAAGCUUCUUAAAUGUUGCAAUUAUACCCUCCAUUUCCUCGAGCAGGUCAUUCCAAGUACUCACUGCCCUCUGUGUAGAUAAGGGGUCUCAGGUCCCUUUUAAAUCUCUGCGUUCUUAUCUUGUAUCUGGGUUCUCUAGUUUUGGAUUCUCAACACUAGAGAAAGGAGCCACCUUUUUCAUACCUCUUAUGAUUUUAUAAAUCCCGUAAGGUCAUCUCUCAUUCUCCUGUACUCCAAGGAAUUAAGAUUCAUGGCCAAUCUCUCCCUAUAUACAACCGAGUGACCAAAACUGUGCACACUGCUCCAAGUGUGGUCUCACCAGCAACUUGUAUAACUGCAAAAUAAUGUCCCAGCCCCUAAGUUCAAUGCCCAGACUGAAGGCCAGGGUGUGAAGUGCCUUCUUCACCACCCUAUCUACAUCUGAACUGUUCAGUUGUAUUCCCAGGCCCCUCUCUUCAACAAGACCUAUCAGUGUCAUGCCACUCAUUGUAUAGGUCCUACCCUGCUUUGAAUGUUGAAAAUGCAUUACCUCACACUUACCUAAAUGAAAUCUGUCUGCCAUUCCUCUGCUCAUCUCCCUAACUGAUCAAGCUCACUUUGCAAUUCACUGUAACCUGCUUUACUAUCAAAUGGAUCCCCUAAUUCCAUGGAACAUGGGAGAAUGAGGAGAAAUCUUAUGAAAGUGUUUAUUAUUAUGAGAGGCAGAAUUCCAUUAGUCAUUUCCCUGGGCAUAGGUUUAGGGCAAAAGGAAAGAUUUAAAAGGGGCAAUGCUUUCACACAGAGGGUGGUGAGUAUAUAGAACCAGCUGCCAGUAGAAGUUGUUGAGGCAGAUAUAAUAGUAUCAUUAAGAAGCACUUCAAUAGAUACAUAGAGGGGUGGAAAUCGAGGGAUUUGGCCAAAUGAAUGGCCAAGGGAUCACGAUUCUAUCUCCUUUAGUGAUCACAAUUCCAUCUCCUUUACCAUAGUAUUGGAGAUGGAUAGGAACAGACAAGUUAGGAAAGCGUUUAAUUGGAGUACAGGGAAAUAUGAGGCUAUCAGGCAGGAACUUGGAAGCAUAAAUUCGGAACAGAUGUUCUCAUGGAAAUGUACGGAAGAAAUGUGGCAAAUGUUCAGGGGAUAUUUGCGUGGAGUUCUGCAUAGGUACAUUUCAAUGAGACAGGGAAAGGAUGGUAGGGUACUGGAACUAUGGUGUACAAAGGUUGUUGUAAAUCUAGUCAAGAAGCAAAGAGGAGCUUACAAAAGGUUCAAAAAACUAGGUAAUGAUAGAGAUCUAGAAGGUUAUAAGGCUAGCAGGAAGGAGCUUAAGAAAGAAAUUAGGAGAGCCAGAAGGAGCCAUGAGAAAGCCUUGGCAGACAGGAUUAAGUAAAACCCUAAGGCAAUCUACAAGUAUGUGAAGAGCAAGAGGAUAAGAUGUGAGAGAAUAGGACCAAUCAGGUGUGACAGUGGAAAUGUGUUUAUGGAACUGGAGGAAAUACUUUGCUUGAGUGUUCACUAUGGAAAAGGAUCUUGGCGAUUGCAGGGAUGACUUGCAGUGGACUGAAAAACUUGAGCAUGUAGAUAUUAAGGAAGAGGAUGUGCUGGAGCUUUUGGAAAGCAUCAAGUUGGAUAAGUCACCGGGACUGGAGAAGAUAUAGCCCAGGCUACUGUGGGAGGCGAGGGAGGAGAUUGCUGAGCCUCUGGCGAUGAUCUUUGCAUCAUCAAAGGGGACGGGAAAGUUUCCAGAGGACUGGAGGGUUGCAGAUUUUGUUCCAUUAUAAAAGAAAGGGAGUCGAGAUAGCUCAGGAAAUUGUAGACAAGUGAGUCUUACUUCAGUGGUUGGUAUGUUGAUGGAGAAGAUCCUGAGACAGGAUUUAUGAACAUUUGGAGAGGCAUAAUAUGAUUAGGAAUAGUCAGCAGACUUUGUCAAAGGCUGGUAGUGCCUUACGAGCCUGACUGAAAUUUUUGAGGAUGUGACUAAACACAUUGAUGAAGGUAGAGCGGUAGAUGUAGUGUAUAUGGAUUUUAGCAAGGCAUUUGACAAGGUACCCCAUGCAAGGCUUAAUUGAGAAAAUAAGGAGGCAUGGGAUCCAAGGGAACAUUGCUUUGUGAAUCCAGAAAGCAAGGAGUGGUUGCAGAUAGGUCAUAUUUGUCAUGGAUGUCAGUGACCAGUGGUGCGACUCAGGAAUCUGUUCGGGGUCCCCUUCUCUUUGUGAUUUUUAUAAAUGACAUGGAUGAUGAAGUGGAGGGAUGGUUUAAUAAAUUUGCUGAUGACACUAAAGUUGGGGGUGUUGUGAAUAGUGUGGAGGGCUGUCAGAGGUUACAGCAGGACCUUGACAGGAUGCAAAACUGGGCUGACAAGUGGCAGAUGGAGUUCAACCCAGAUAAGUGUGAAGUGGUUUAUUUUUGUAGGUCAAAUAUGAUGGCACAAUAUAGUAUUAAUGGUAAGACUCAGGCAAUGUGGAGGGUCAGAGGGAUCUUUGGGUCUGAGUCCAUAGGACACUCAAUGCUUCUGCACAGAUUGACUCUGUGGUUAAGAAAGCAUAUGGUGCAUUGGCCAUCAAUUGUGGGAUUGAGUUUAGGAGCCGAGAGGUAAUGUUGCAGCUCUAUAGGACCCAGGUCAGACCCCAGUUGGAAUACUGUGCUCAGUUCUGGUCGCCUCACCAUAGGAAAGAUGUAGAAACCAUAGAAAUGGUGUAGAGGAGAUUUACAGGGAUGUUGCCUGGGUUGGGGAGCAUGCCUUAUGAAAAUAGGUUGAGUGAACAUGGCCCUUUCGCCUUGGAGCGACGGUGGAUGAGAGGUGACCUGAUAGAGGUGUAUAAGAUGAUGAGAGGCAUUGAUUGUGUGGAUAGUCAGAGGCUUUUUCCUAGAAUGGCUAGCAGAAGAGGGUACAGUUUUAAGGUGCUUGGAAAUUGGUACAGAGGAGAUGUCAGGGUUCAAAUUUUUACGCAGAGAGUGGUGAGUGCUUGGAAUGGGGUGCCUAUGACAGUGAUGGAGGCGGAUAUGAUAGGGUUUUUUUAAGAGACUCCUGGAUAAGUACAUGGAGCUCAGAAAAAUUGAGGGCUAUGGGUAACCCUAGGUAAUUUCUAAAGUAAGGAUGUGUUCAGCACAGCAUUGUGGGCCAAAGGGCCUAGAUUGUGCUGUAGGUUUUAUAUAUUUCUAUGCAGGAAAUUGGGACUAAAUGGGUGGUCAGCAUGGACUUGUUGGGCUGAAGGGCCUAGAUCAGUGUGCUAUUACUUUAUGAUUCCUUGACUCUAUAUGAAGUCUCCUUUAGCAUUCGCACAGCAUAGGAAUGGCGUACCAGUGGUCCAAGGAACCUCCUACUUCUGGCCUUUUUAUUUGUGCUUUGUAUUAAUUUAGUCCUUUGAAAUGAAUUAUUCAAAUCUUUGUAACUUCAACUGUGAAGCAUAGGUAGGAAUUAUAUCAUUAUUUUAUUAGUAUUAAUUUGAGCAUGAUUUUUAAAUACAAGUAUCUCCUCUUCCUCUGCAUAAAUCUCUUGUAACUGAGACUUUGGCACUCCAUGGAAAAUCCCUGUGUUGACAGAACCCAUGUGGAUUUAUACCAGGAUCAUAAACUCUGCAUCAGCUGACAGUAAUCUGUGUAAUCAGUUUCAUAUGACCACCUAAUUAGAUCUGAGAUAAGCUGCCUAAUGCUCCAAAUGUAAUGACUGGUUAAAAUUAGGAAGUUCUAACAGGAAAAGUUAAUUUUCUAAUAAAAUUACCCUUUCACAAUUUCCAUUCUCUUCAAAUUCCUGUUCUAUACGUUCCCAGUGGAAAGCUGCAUGCAUUCUGUUCUAAGAACAAGUUACUUCAUUCAAGUUUCUAUCUUUGGGUCAGACAAGGAACCUGGAUUCUGUCAGGUGUUUCAGGGUGAGUAUUAACAAUCCCAUGUCAUGUAUGGAACAGGAAAUCCUUCAGCCUGUUCAA